AUGCCCGGUUUAGUGUCAUGCCUUGGCGAUCUAAUAGUCACUGGAAUCAUCAUCCUCUUCUCUGACCACGUCCAGUCAGAGAUAUGGACCAAUGAAGUAUCUCCUGCUGUUUUCUACAGUGUUAAGGGCAGAGAUGUGGAGCCCUGCGAGCAGGAGCACAUUGGGGUGAAUGAGUGUACGAUUACUAACCCACCGUUCUGGACCUCAAAGAUCCUGGUGAACAUCACCGAAAUCAACCCGCUGGGAUCCAACUCCACCAUCCUCCAGAUAGAUCCUCAUGAACUCUUGCAGCCAGAUCCUCCCGAGGACGUCCGAGUUCUUCAGGUGGAAGGUCAGCCCACUCAGUUACUGGUGCAGUGGAGUUGGCCUUCAUCCUGGUCGGUUGAAAUCAUGGCUGCUUUUCCCUUAACCUUCUUACUGCGCUACCGGCCGAUUGGCUCCAACUACUGGUCAAUG